AGCGGAAGCUCCAGAGAGAAAUAAGACCCUGCCCAGGGGAGCUCAUGAUCUAGACCCAUGCUGUCCAAGGGCUUCCUGGAGGACGACAUGCUGAGAAGCACCCAGGACCUGGACCCCAUGGUGUCCAGGGACGUGAAACCCCCUCUGGGCCAUCCCUGGGACGCCAUCCUCCAGGCUGCCAAGGAGCAGAUCCCCACCCUGGACUCGGAUGCUGACUCUUCUUCGAAUGGCUGUGAGGAGGACGAGCUGUUCAUCUUCCAGCGAGAUCCAGCCGCCCUGAUCCCUGACCUCUCGGAGGAGCUGGCUGAGGACCCUCCCGGUGAUGGCCCACCUGGGGGCUGGGCGGCUGCGGCUGAUGAGGCCCCUCAGCCAACCAUCCCAGAGCAAAGGGGCAGCUUUUUCCCAGGGGGAGAGUCCAGAGGGCAAGAAGGAAAGGAGCCAGUUCUGGUGGCAGCCAUGGCAGAACCUACAAGCCAGCAGACAGCCAGGCCCCAGAGCGGAAGUGACCCCCAAGGCCCUUUCCAGAGCCACGGUGAGCCCAGCUCUCUUCUGAGGCUCUCCAAGGAGAGCCCCAGGUGGAAGGAGGGCUACAUCUCAGGGCCGCAGGGAGAAGCCCCCACCUCCCUAGCCCUGGGGGCUCCACGUGCAACCUCACUGUCCAGCGAGGACCUCAGAGCCCUGCGUCGCGAGAGGAGGGAGAUGAUAGAGAGAGACAUACUCCGGAAAGUGACCCAGGGGCCACGGGAUGCCAGCAGUGACCACAGGGCCUCUAAGAUGUCCCCUCGAGCUACUCCAGGACACCAGGUGCCGACAGGGGACGCACAGGCCAGCGGGCCAAUACUCUCCCUCCAGCACCUUGAGGAGCUGGACCUCGAUGCCAUCCUCCAGAGUCUGGUGAGACAAGAGAAGGACCAUGGCGACCGUGGCGUGCCUGGAGCUGCGUGGUGGACGGCUGACCGCCAAGGCCGAGAGUCCUUUGCGCCUGCUGCCCAAGACCGGCUCAUGGAACAGCUUACCCUGCUGUGUGCCACGCAGUCCCGGCCGUCGGCCUCGACCUGGACGGUCCCUGUGGACAGAGCCCAGGACACCUCGGAGUGGGCGGCCAGCCACAGCUCGAGUUCCAGCUCCUCUGAGAGUGAGGACGACAUGGUGGCUGCAAGGGGCGAGCAGGGCCCAGCGGAGGGGGUACCUCCCUGCCCACAGGGCCUCAGGGGCUGCACUGGGAAGAGCCAACUGCUCCAGCAGCUCCGAGCCUUCCGGAAAGGGACAGCUGUGCCCAGGUCAUUUACUGGCAAGAAUCCCAGCGGUCAGAAGGUGCAGGACCCCAAGGAGGUGGCCGAAUCGGGCCCGAGGAGGAAGCAACACGUCAAACUCUGGGCCGAGAGACAGGAUAUCCCUGCCACAUCUGCAGGAGGAAACCCCAGGGCGCUGAGUGGCCCUCUUGUGCCAGCCACGGGCAGAGAGGCCAAUGCGCUGCCUCUGGGCCAACCGUAGAUGCCUCAGGGAACCUCUGCUCUCUGUGGGCGCAUGCGCUCUCUGAAACAGAUGUCAAAAAGGGUCCAAAGCCUUCCGGAAUCCCAGGGCUGAGGCAGGGCUGGGGAACUUUCACUCUGGUCCUCCCUCCGGGCCUGGGCACUUAGUGUCUCAUGUGUCAAAUGAGCAGGCACAGACCUGAACACAACACAUGGUAUAUUCGUACCACACACACACUCCAUGUGUAUACAUCACACAGAUGCAUACCAAAUACAAUACACACCACAUGUACACACCACACAAACACACAUCACAUUUACCCAACAAAUACUCCGCAUACAACACACAAAUACACAUAUACAUACUGUUUGUCUGGGUUGACAAAAACAAAUUCAUACACACUCGUGUAA